AUGUUUAUGUCAAGAAGAAUAAAAAAUAAGAUUGAAGCUAUAUUAUCAGAAGACCAGUUUGGGUUUAGAAACAACAUGGAUACAAAAAAAGUAAUACUGAUAUUAAGAAAAAUUAUUGAAAAAAGAAUUAGAAAAGGUAGGCUUACACGCAUAGCUUUUGUUGACAUAGAAAAAGCGUUCGACAAUGUCAUCUGUUCAAGCUGAUACGAAGCAUAGCUGAAAACGAAGAGGAUUUGCAAAGGAUGCUGACAUGUAUGGAAGAAACUCUGCUCAGUGGAUUGGACAUGAAAAUAAAUAUGAAAAAGACCGAAGUUCUUGUACAUAGCAGAAACAAUUAUAUUAGGGCAACAAUACGUCUGCAAAACCAUCAAGCAAUAGGGCAAGUAUAAGAAUUUACAUAUUUGGGAAGCGUAAUAAUUGAAAAUGGCAAAAGUAAAUCAGAAAUAAUAAAGAGAAUAUACCAAGCUAAGAUAUCAUUUAACAAAAAAGAGCGCUUUUUACUUCAAGAAAUAUAAGCAUACGCGCUAGGAUAAAUCUUCUGAAGACAUAUGUAUGGAAUGUGCUGUAAAAAUGCUGUAUGGCAGUAAAACGUGGACAAUUGCCAAAGAGAAACAGAAAAGAAUAAACAUUUUUGAGAUGUGGUGUAAUAGAAUAAUGCUCAAUAAGUUGGACGGAUUUAGUAAAAAAUAUCUGAAAGAAGAACGCUAUGAAAUAGUAUCAAGAAAAGGAGAAAUGAAAGGAUUAGACAUGUAA